UGGGGGGAAGCUAGAAGGAAGCAUGAGAGAGAAGAGUGGUGAAACAGUGGUGAGAUGUUUGGGAAGGUGGUAUGAUGGAAGGAUCUGGAAAGGAAAGGCAAGUUUGUAACGGAAGGUCCUUUCCAUGGCUCAGUCGCCCAGACAACAAGUUUUGGAAACUCUCGGACUGCUUCUCUUCCUUACAGCAAACCCCCCCAGCUACGCAGUGCCAGAACAAUUACAUGGAUGUCCGUAAGCCAGUGUUGGAGCUAAAAGAUGUCCCCCCUCCUCCUCUUCACAGUGCCUCUCAUCAACCUCUUGCUUUGGCUCCCCUCCCUGCGUCCUCUUCCAGCCACCUUCCUUCUUCAGACCCCCAAACCCCUAAACUCUCCCCUCUUCAACCCCAGCCUGGUAGCCCUAAAGUAAGCUUGUGUUCACACUGUGAGUGCAGUCUGCACUCUCAGCAGCACCCUGGCUCUUACGAAGCUAGGACUCACAGUUUUGGUGACACUUUUGGUGGUGGAUGUAACAUUAGCAGCAGCAGCAAUGUAAACACUGUUGGUGGUGGCGGCGGCCUUCCUGCACCUCACUUUUCCAAUGCACAGCUAAUGACCCCACAGAGUUUUGGCUUCCCAAUGACAUCAGUAGCCACGUCUCAGCCUGUGGCGACUCGAUCACACCUAUCUUGCUGUGGGUCUCUCCACCCCUUUUCCUCUAUCUCAGUAGGCUGUGUGCAGUCCAGACAUGUUCCUGGCUCUGCAUCCGUCCAUGGUUGCUGCCGCUGUAGCGAGGAGCGUUUGAUGGACCAGCACUUUCAUUCACACGGUGACACACUUUCCACUCACUUUUGCGCUAACCCUUUACACCUCAGCGUUGAGCACAGCACGGUCUGUCUGAAGGGAGCACACUACUGCCACCAGUGUUUUAGAAAGCCCAUGCAGGGUUUGGGCACCAGUGAUUCCGAGAAGGUUUGGCCGAACAUUCCCCCUCCUCAGCCCUGCUCUGCUCCUGCCCCCUUGUGUAAUGGUUGUGGUGUUUCUGGAUCCUCCACUGACAGUCUUCUGCACCCCACCAGCAUGGGGAAAGUAAACCAGAAAUAUGGGUCCGGUGAGAGCGGUGGGCAGGAGUCUCUUCCCCCAGUGGGUGUGUUUUGGGAUAUCGAGAACUGCGCCGUUCCCAGCGGCCGUUCGGCUGCUACAGUGGUACAGAGGCUCCGUGAGCGUUUCUUCCAGGGACACCGUGAAGCCGAAUUCAUCUGUGUGUGUGACAUCAGCAAGGAAAACAAGGCUGUUAUUCAGGAGCUCAACAACUGCCAGGUGACUGUUGCUCAUAUAAACGCCACGGCCAAAAAUGCUGCUGAUGACAAACUCCGACAGAGUCUGCGGCGCUUUGCUGAAACACACACAGCUCCAGCCACUGUCAUUGUGGUGUCUUCCGAUGUGAACUUCGCCAGUGAACUGAGUGACCUUCGUCAUCGGCAUGGUUUCCGAAUCAUUCUGGUGCACAAGAGCCAGGCAUCACAAGCUCUGUUACAGCAUGCACACUUGCAUGUCCCGUUCGAGGAGUUUGUCUCAGAACUACCACCCAGGAUGCUCAUCAAAACGCAGCCUUGUCUCAACCUCCUCUUUGUGCACAACCUCCCCACACACCGUGAUGCCAAGUCCAUCAGUAGCAGGCUUCAGCGCCUGUCCAAUAACUGUGGCGGGAAAGUGCUGGGUGUGUCUGGCAGCAUCGCCGUGCUCCGUUUCGCCAGUGCUGAGGCCGCCGGGCGCGCCUGCAAGCGCAUGGAAAACGAGGAUGUCCUGGGAAACCGUAUCACCGUCUCGUUUUCCCCCGACGGGCCACAGGAGGAGGAAGAGGAGCGGUCACAGCCCACUGUCUGUUCCUCCUCCUCUGUCGCUCUGUUCGUCCCUGUGGAGAAGCCGCGCUCGCCGCGUCGGCCCAGGCGGGCGGCGCGGCCCUCGCAGAAUGGCAGGGAUGCGGGGGUGAACGUUCCAGAAAGACCCUACAGCCCCAGGAAAGGGGGGCAUGCCUCUUCCUGCAGCCCAGUGAUGAAGUCCUAUUCACAGGAAAUAAGUGGUGUGGAUUCUAGGCCCAGGGCAGGUUUCCUGCUGGAGAAAGGCCGUGCUGCAUCCACUUCUCCUCAGAGUAAUGGCCUCACCUCUCAGCUGCAGCCAGUAAAACCAGGCUUUCCUGCAGAGUUUUUGCACCAGAGUCGCAGAAGAGAUUCGUGUAGCCUGCGCAGUAACACCCCAGUGGAGCAGUUCCAGGUGAGCACUCCAUCAGCCUUUAGCAAACUCAGCCUCCACACCUCCUUCAGCCCUCUGAUGUUCUCCCAGGGAUCCUGGUCCUCAAGAAGUGCAUCACCAUGUCUGUCCCACCGCUCAUCCCCAAUAAGGGUACCCUCUCGAAGCCCCUGUCUUGAUGCCCAGCCAGAGCCCUUCUCAGAUGGUGCAGACAUCCAGGUAGCCAACCUUGACUACAGGAUGUCUCGCAAAGAGCUUCAACAGAUCCUGCUCGACACCUUUGCCAAACACGGAAGGGUGAAGAGUGUUGAGCUUAGUCCUCACACUGAUUACCAGCUCAAAGCUAAAGUACAGAUGGGCUCUCUGCAGCAGGCUAUAGGAGCCGUUAGCGUUCUUCACCGCUACAAGAUUGGCAGCAAACGCAUUCAUGUUUCCCUUAUCACUGGUUCCAGUAACAAAUCCCUCACCUGCCUAAGUUCUGAGCUCAUCAGUAUUCUGCAGGAUUCUCCAGCUAACUGUCUUCCACUCAUCAAAUUUACUGAAAUCUAUGAGAGAAAGUUUGGUCGGAAGCUGGUGGUAAGUGAUCUGUACAGGUUGCCAGAGGUAGUCGCAGUGCGUGAGCAAGGCAGCAGCAGGUUGGUGUGUCUCCUCUCCAGCAGCUUAGUUCGACACAGUCCAUUAAGCUCCUCUGAGUCCCACCAUGGCUCCUCCACUAGCGGCAGCCCUGUGGUGUUUGAGGAGCUUGAGUAUCAUGAGCCUGUCUGCAAACGGCACUACACACAGCAUGACUUCAGUGAAUCGGAGUACGACCCUGAUACAUACAAGAUCCCAUUUGUGGUGGUGUCUUUAAAGGCUUUGGCUGCCCAUGUGCACAGUCUGCUGCAGUCUCAUGAAGGAACCGUCCCCUUGCUCAGUUUCACGGAAUGCUACGCAUCAGAGUUCAGUCCACUAACAGUAGCUGAAGAAGGGAAGUUUGAGGGAAGUGUACCACUGGAACAUCUCAUCACUUGUAUACCUGGUAUCACCAUAGUGACUGCACAGAAUGGCUUUAAGGUCAUCAAAUGGAUCCACAACAAACCUCCGCCACCCAAUGCAGACCCUUGGCUGCAGCGCUGCAAGAGCCCAGUUGGUAACCCACAGCUGAUCCAGUUCAGUCGAGAGGUUGUGGACCUGAUGAAGAGCCAGCCCUUCUGCCUGAUGCCCAUUACCAAAUUCAUUCCUGCCUACCAUCACCACUUUGCCAAACAGUGUAGAGUAUCUGAUUACGGCUAUUCCAAGCUGCUGGAGCUUUUGGAGGCUGUACCGCACGUCCUGCAGAUACUUGGUCUGGGCUCUAAGCGCUUGCUGACCCUGACACACAGGGCGCAGGUAAAGCGCUUCACUCAAGAUCUCCUCAAGCUGCUUAAGUUUCAGGCCAGCAAGCAGGUCAUCAUCAGAGACUUCAUGCAGGCUUAUCACUGGUGUUUCUCCAAAGACUGGCGAGUGGUGGACUAUGGCAUGUGUGACCUAAUGGACCUGCUGACUGAGAUUCCUGACACUACCAUUACAGUAACUCAGCAGGACUCUGACACACUCAUUUCUGUACCUAAGAAAGAGCGAACCUCAGAGGAGAUCGAACACACAAAGCAGUUUGGAAAGGAGGUGGUGGAUCUGCUCCGACACCAACCACACUUCCGUAUGGCCUUUAGCAAAUUCAUCCCUACUUAUCACCACCACUUUGGCCGACAGUGUAAACUUGCCUAUUAUGGUUUCUCCAAGCUUAUGGAGCUGUUUGAGGCUAUUCCAGAUGUGCUUCAGGUGCUUGAGUGUGGGGAGGAGAAGGUCCUGGCUCUGACCGAGGUGGAGCGAGUGAAAGCUUUAGCAGCUCAGUUGGUGAAACUUCUGCGUGCCCAGAGAGACUACAGCCUGCCAGUAAGCCAACUAAUGGCUGAAUACAGUAAGACAUUUGGCUAUGGUCUCCGUCUCCAGGAUUAUGAUGCCAACACGCUGCCGUCCCUUCUCGCCAAGCUCUGCCAUGUGGUCAAGGUAGUAGAUGGAGCUACAGAGAAGGAAGUUCAGCUCAUCAACAGAAAAUCUCUACGUGCACUUACCUCCCAGCUGCUAGCUGUAAUGAUGUCCCUUCCGGAUGAACACAGUUGGCUGGGAGUAGAGGCGCUGAAGCAGCAGUACGAAUUGGCGUACGAGGUGCAACUCAAUCCCUGCGAGUACGGCUUUGUCUCUCUUAAUGAGCUGCUCAAGAGUCUGCCAUACCUGGUCGAGCUCUCUGAGAAUAUGGAAGAGGAGGAUUUGGAAGGUGCUGGUAGGGCCAAAGAUUGUGUAAGGCUAACACGUCUGUACCAGUUUGCCCGAAAGGUUCGAGCACUUCUGCAUACGUACCACUACAACCAGAUCUUCUUGACGGAGUUUCGGGGUGCCUUCAGCAAGUACACGGGUCGUGAGUUUCAGCCGUGUGACUUUGGAUACAGCACUUUGGACGAGCUUCUUGCUGCUAUCCCACAGGUAGUCUGGAUUAAAGGCCAUGGCCACAAGAAGAUCAUCGUCCUGAGGAAUGAUAUGAAAGCCCGCAGCAGCCCUGCCAGCAUAGAAAGCCCUCAGCCAGAGGAGGCCAGAGAGAGCCAGAGUCAUGCCAGCACUGAAGAGUCUGGUACACACAGCUCAGGCUGCAGUAUGGGGGAUGCAGAGCUUCCGUAUCUGAGUGGCACUUCUCCGGAGGACCUGCUGUGUGGCCCGGUUCCAUCCUGCCUGCCCUCCCCCCAACUGCACCCCGACCCAGUUCUGCUCCAGCACCAAGACCUCACUGGCUUGGAGGAGCACUCACAAACCCAGCUCUCAGGAGAUGCAGCAGAUCCUCAUCCUAUCCACAACCAACCUCACGCAGCUCCGUCACCCACCAACGAGUGUUACCCAGUCUUAGAUGCAGAGAAUGCAACAGCAGAUACGUCCACAUCUGGUGCAGGUGAAGUUGACGAGAGCUUGAGCGUCGGUGAUGCUGAAUCUUGUGAUGCAGCUGGGUCGGUAGUGAUCAAACCCUCACAAAUUCCCAACUCUAAAUCGGUAGCCUCUGAAAGCCCCAGCAAGAGAACCUUUCGGAAUAAAUUCAAACUCGCAGCUAACUUCUCCUUCUCCCCAGCGCCCCAUGUUUAAAGCUGCUUAGUCAUUCAUAUCGAUUCAUAUCGAGUCCUGCGCUCAGAGUUUCUGUUUGAUCUGCUUUAUCAUACUUAAUACAGCUCACAAAGUGCAUUAUAGGCAUUGGUCCACUUUCAUAACUAUACUAUAAUCCCUCUGAAGGGUAUUUCUUUUUGAAUGAGAACUUUAAAGGGUUCACACAGAAAAUAACCGCCACAUUUUGGCUUUGGGGAAAAAAAUACUAUUAAUUUGCAUUUGGUUGUGUAAACCAGAAUAGACAGAGUAUUGAAGAUAUAAAUAUAGAUAUAAGGGUGGGGUGUGGAGAAAUGAAACAGGUUUUAAAUUCCUCAUAGCCUGGUUGGAUUUCCUAUCUAGCCAACUAGCCAAUUGGCUAAGUGCAGUUUGUUGAAAUCUGGGAUGUCCCAAUUGGCUACAGUGUAUCUCUGUCAGUCCUGUUGGGUUGCUAUUAGAAUUAACACUUCUCAGUAAAGUAUUUGUAAUUGUCCAAGUCACAGAUGUUGUUCUUAUACUGUGAACAUGUCCGAUGUUGACUGACAACAUUAUUUACACCAGUAUAGGACCCUAAAAAGCCUUUGCAAUCACACAUGUGCAUCAAUUGCAUGCACAGAGUUGCUUUGGCUUCUGUGAAGCUUUUGGAUAAUAUUAGUAUCAACUGAUAUAAAAGUUUUAACAUCAAAAUGAGAUCGAAAUGUAAAAAACUAACACUGUAAACCCAAAUUAAAAUGACAGAAAUAACUGGUACUAAAUCUAGCAGGCUUGCGAAAUGCACCAGUAAACAUUUGAGCUUUCAUUGACUUUUCUGUACUCCUGGAGUAAAAACUUCAGCUGUUUUUUCCCUUUAGUAAUAAGUUUGUAGCAGCUCUAAAAAUGUAUCUAAAAAAUCAGCAUUUUGUCCCCUUUAGUAAUAAGUUUGUAGCGACUCUUUCGAGCUGACCACUUUGAAACAUAAUUUAUAAUUAGCCAGUGAGCUGUAUUAGUGUGUUAAAACUGAAAGCAGAAAGCAGGGAUGUUAAAAUGUUCACUGUCCAUUCAAGCCACCCACAUUCUGCUGCUACUACUUUUUUCCACUCUUGAUAAUUCGUCUGUAAAAAGCACUUGCUCACCCCCCCCCCCCCCCCCUUUUUUUUUUUAAAGAUUUUUUUUUUAAUUUGUUUA